AUGGACAAGGCGGUUGAUGAUGCCGAGGACCGGGGAUACGCUCAGGGCGAGAAGACUUACGAGCGCCAGGUCCAAGCGACCAAGGACAUCUUUUUCCAGUGCGGUUGGAAAGCCGCCGUGGAAAAAGUUGGCCUUGGUCAGGACGCUGACAUGUUCCUUAACCCCCCUGCGGCCUACAUCCCAGUCUAUAUGCAGGCGUACGCCGUUGCUACCCAGAACCGGCUUAUUGCUGAGGCAAGGAAAGAGGCCGAGGAAGAAGCCGCCGCCGCGCAACAAGCCGAGCAAACCACUACCGAAGCAUCCCAACAAGCGGAAGACGAAGUGGCUGAUCGGGAGGUUGCUGUGGAGGAUGGAGCAGACGAUGACGCCGAGGAAAACCUGCCUGAGCAGACAACUAAGAUCGCCGAGCAGACAGUGGAGGCAGCCGAGCAAACCGUGGACCUUGAACUGGACUAA